AUGGGAAAAAACUCUGAUAGAAUUAAAGGGCUCCCUGCGAUCAGGGAUGAAAGUGUGAAAUCCAAUGACAAGAGACGCGGUAAAUCUUCAGAAGUUACUGCAGAGGUUGCUGCACCUGUAUCUCCAGCAUUGGGGUCCCAACAUGGAGUGAUUGAAGAUGAAGAAACUGAAUCAGGAAAUGCGGAUGAUGUUUAUGGAGGAUUUGGAGGAGCACAUUGUAUGAUUAAAAGGGGUACAGUAAUGUUGUCGAGUCUCUUGGGGAAGGACUCAUCAUUCACGUGA